AUGACUGACAGUUCAGAUAUAAAUGUUCCAUUACUAAAUAAAUCAAAUAGUAGUAACAAUUAUAUUAAUAUUAACUCUAAUAUUCCAGAAAAUCCAGUUAAACUAUCGCAACAAUCAAUAUCCAAGACAUCAAAUAAAUUAUCAAAAGCUAAUAAAAUUGGUUUACAAAGAACUUCAAGAACUUCUCAAAAAUUAAAAUUAUUACCAGAAGAUCCUGAUUUAGAUUCCAUAAAUAAUAAAAAUGAUGAUGAUCAUGAAGAUGAUGAUGAUGAUGAUGAAGAUGAAAAUGUUACUUCAAGAGUUUAUUCUCAAGUUAAAAAAAUUACUGAUACUUCGGCAAGAAAAGAUGCGGAAACUUUAGGUAAAUCUCAUAGAGAUUUAUUACCAAGAGUAAGUGCUUAUUGUACUUGUGGGUCGUAUAAAAUGAAAGAUUUAUUAAGAUGGUUUAAAGAUCGUAAAAGAAUUCAUAAUACUAGUCCAAAAUUGUUUGAUGAAUGUCUAUAUACUCCUUUUAUUUAUAAGGAUUGGAGAAAUGAUCUGCUGAUAAUAUUAGAUGAUAAUAUUAAUGAUCAUAAACUAAUGCGUUUAGCUGAUGAUGGUGGUGAAAUUGAUAUUGGUAAAAAAAAUGAUAUUUUUAUAUUUGAAUAUGGUGUCGUUGUAAUGUGGGGUUAUACAAUAAAAGAAGAAAAUGCAUUCCUUGUUGAUUUAGCUAAAUUUGAACUGGAGAAAUUAUCUCAAGAAGAUAUACAAAUUGAAGAAUUUAAUUAUUAUAUUACAAAAUCUUAUCAACCAAGAAUUUAUAAUGAUUUUAUUACAUUAAAAGAUGAUAAUAAUUAUAUGCUAAAAUUAAGUAUAUCUCAUGCAUUAGCUCAAUCUGUUAAAAUCUCAUUAUUUGAAGAAUUGGUAGAUAAUACAAUUGAAGAUACUCAAGAUAUACCUCAACAAAUUGCCCAAACUGGUAAAGUUGAAAUGACAAGAGAUGAAAUUAUGAAAUCAAUUGGUGAAUUAUUUAUCUUAAGGAUAAAUAUCAAUUUACAUGGUUCUGUUUUAGAUUCUCCUGAAUUAAUGUGGUCUGAACCUCAUUUAGAACCAAUUUAUCAAGCAACAAGAGGUUAUUUAGAAAUUAAUCAAAGAGUUGAAUUAUUAAAUCAAAGAUUAGAAGUUAUAAGUGAUCUAUUACAAAUGUUGAAAGAACAAUUGGGUCAUUCACAUGAAGAAAAUUUGGAGUUUAUUGUUGUGGUGUUGGUUGGUGUUGAAGUUUUGGUAAGUGUGAUUAAUAUCAUCAUUGAUAUAUUGACAUAUAAAAAAUAA